AUGCUGGGCAAACCCCUUCACACCAACACCGAGGUGUACGACUUCAUCCUAGUCGGAGCCGGAUCAGCAUCAUGCUUGGUCACGUCACGUCUCUCGCAGCAGCUGCCCGAUCACCGGAUCCUUGUUCUGGAAGCCGGAGAACACAUUCGCGAUGAUCCCAAAGUCCAAACACCUGGUCUAUCGACGACGCUGAUGUCGAAUCCCGCUUAUGAUUGGCAGUAUUCGUCCGCACCGGAGCCAGGCUUGAACAACAAGAGGGUGAAGCAUCCGAGAGGGAAGUUGGUGGGUGGUAGCAGUGCGAUCAAUAGUCACAGUGUGGUGUUUCCUAAUCACGAGUGGCAUGAUCGCUUAGCAGAGGAGCUUCUGUCAGAUUCGGGGAGAGAAGAGUGGGGCUCACAGGGUAUGAGAGAUUGUUACAGGCGAUGGCAGGCAGAACACUCUGGAUCCAGCGUGGGCGACGAUACGGGGUCUCUGGAUCGUGUGCAGACAUCAUACCCGCGUACUCUGGACCUUCUUCAAUCCCGGUGGAUGGAAGCUUUUGAGGAGCUUGGCCAUUCGAGAAGUACCGCAGGGUUUGUUGAGAGCUCUGCCGGAGCUGUCACUGUCACAAAUGCAAUCGACUGUUCAAAAGGCGAACGAAGCCAUGCAGGUACAGCAUUCCUAGAAUCCGCCUUGAAACGCGGCAAUGUAACUUUGAGGACUGGCGUGAAAGUUGAUAAGAUUGCAUUCGACGAUGCUUUGACCGCUGAUGGAAAACUCAAUGCUAGAGGUGUUCACUACACAUACAAGGGGGAGGUGUAUUUUGUCAGUGGUCGAGAGAUCAUUCUCAGCGCAGGCGUGUUCGAAUCUCCCACAAUUUUGGAACGAUCGGGUAUUGGCUCCAAAACAAUUCUUGCAGCCGCGAACAUCCCAGUCCUGUACGAACUUCCGGGAGUCGGUGAAAAUUUGCAGGAUCAUCUGAACUGUGGUUUAUCUUGUGAAACUCAAGACGACAUCCCUACUCGUGACGAAAUACUACGAAACCCCGAACUGCAGAAGGCUGCAUUGUUAGAGUACGAACGAAGCCGAACUGGUCGAUUAUCAGAAGGAGCAGCCUAUAGUUUUGCCUUCACACCACUACAGAUGCUGGAAACUCCGUCGGAAACGCAGGAGCUCAUACAAACAGUUAAGCAUUGGGUAGAAGGAGAGAAAAACCCGAGCUUAAAAGCACAGUAUUCCGUCAUUCAAAAGACGGUUGAAAGCCCUAAUGAAGCGACAGCCACCACAUUCAUGCUGCGCUUGCAGCGUAACAGAGACGCUGAUUCACUUCCCAAAGAUACACCGUCUGUUGUUGAUGGCAACUAUGUGACUGUUGUUGCCAUGUUGGCUCAUCCUUUCUCGCGAGGGAGCUGUCAUAUCUCCCCUGAUCCUUCACAACAGCCAGAGAUCAAGUUCAAUUAUCUCACUCAUCCCCUAGAUACGGAGAUACUAGCUCGCCACUUGCGUCUCAUCGAAAGGCUCUUCCAGCAGCCUACCUUCGCUGCUAUGGCAAAACCAAAAGGAAAACGGCUGCCUCGAAGCUUUCCCCACCCGAUAUCAUCACUGGACGACGCGAGGGGAAUCCUCCCAAUCAACGCAGCAACGAACUACCAUCCCUGCAGCACUUGUUCAAUGAUGAGGGAAGAUCUAGGGGGGGUGGUUGACGAACGGCUAACAGUAUACGGAACGAAGAAUGUGAGGAUUUGCGAUGCCAGUAUCUUGCCAAUCAUACCACGAGGGAACAUCUUGGCCGCCGUCUACGCUUUCGCGGAGAAGGCUGCCGAAUUAAUUUGCACUGAAGCGAAACCUAGUUGCUCAACACGCUAA